ACUGUUUCCUCCCGGAACAAAUGAGCUCGGUUUCCAGAGGAUUCGCUCCGACGCCGAAAGCGAUUGCACCGUUCCCUCUUCCUGUGAGACGGUUGGUGCCUUAGCAACUAAACCUAGCAACUAGGGAAUCCUCGAGUGUUGCGGAUCUCGGCUGAGGGGCCUUGGAAACCUUGAGCUCACAACGAGCCGUUUCCAGCCUCCUGGGCAAGGGAACAGUAUCCUCCCUUGCCUGGGAUUCUGGAACCAUUUCAUUCUGGUGAAAGUAAGAGGCAGCUUGGGACCAGCAGCCUUUCGCGGAGAAAAGUCUGACAUGCCCAUCCUAUGUGACAGUCGGCAAAACGACUCUGUGGAUAUCUAAAAUUAGUAAAGUAUCAAUCAUUGGAGGCAUCUGAAGUCCUAUUCAGUUGUUCAACGAAUUAUAAACUAACCUUUACUGCCCGUGGGACCGAAUUAAGGAAAAAGUCCAGGAAGAGGAAUUGCAGACUGGAUUUUUUUUUUCCAUUUUGGCAGUUACUGAGUAAACUGCUUUUUUUUGUUUGCUUGUUCCUGUGGCAUGCGGAAUCUUAUUUCCCCUACCAGGGAUCAACCCAUGCUCCCUGAAUUGGGAGCGCCAGGAAAAUUGCUGAAGCUAAAAGAGAUGUUUAAUUCUAAAUUUGGAUCCGUUCCCAAGUUUUAUGUUCGAGCACCAGGAAGAGUCAAUAUCAUAGGAGAGCAUAUAGAUUACUGUGGAUAUUCUGUUCUUCCUAUGGCUAUAGAACAAGAUAUGUUAAUAGCUGUGGAACCUGUGAAAACACACGUUCUCCAGCUGGCCAAUACCAAUCCCUUGUACCCGGACUUCAGUACUAGUGCUAAUAACAUCCAGAUUGACAAAACCAAGCCUCUGUGGCCCAACUAUUUCUUAUGUGGAUUUAAAGGAAUUCAGGAACACUUUGGUCUUAGUGACUUGACUGGAAUGAAUUGCUUGGUAGAUGGAAACAUCCCACCGAGUUCUGGCCUCUCCAGCUCCAGUGCUUUGGUCUGUUGUGCUGGCUUGGUGACACUCACAGUGCUGGGCAUGAACCUAUCCAAGGUGGAACUUGCAGAAAUCUGCACCAAGAGUGAGCAUUACAUUGGCACUGAAGGAGGAGGGAUGGACCAGUCCAUAUCAUUUCUUGCAGAAGAAGGAACUGCCAAGUUAAUAGAAUUUAGUCCUCUGAGGGCAACUGAUGUGAAACUCCCAAGUGGAGCAGUGUUUGUGAUUGCCAACAGUUGUGUGGAAAUGAAUAAAGCAGCAACUUCUCAUUUCAAUAUCAGGGUGAUGGAGUGUCGGCUGGCUGCAAAGCUCCUGGCUAAGCACAAAUGCUUGCCAUGGGAGGAAGUGUUGCGGCUGGAGGAGGUGCAGGCCAAGCUGGAGGUCAGUCUGGAAGAAAUGUUGUUGAUCACAGAAGAUACCCUUCAUUCUGAACCCUACAGCCCUGAGGAGAUCUGCAGGUGUCUGGGAAUUAGCCUGCAGGAACUCAAGACCCAAAUCCUGAGUCCAAACACUCAAGACGUGCUCACCUUCAAACUCUACCAGCGGGCAAAGCACGUGUAUAGCGAGGCUGCAAGAGUGCUCCAGUUUAAGAAGAUAUGUGAAGAAGCACCUGACAGCACGGUCCAGCUGCUGGGGGAGUUAAUGAACCAGAGCCACGUGAGCUGCCGGGACAUGUACGAGUGUAGCUGCCCUGAGCUGGACCAGCUGGUGGACAUCUGUCGGAAAUUUGGGGCUCAAGGAUCACGACUUACGGGAGCAGGAUGGGGAGGCUGCACAGUAUCGAUAGUACCUGCUGACAAGCUGUCCAGCUUCCUAGCAAAUGUGCACGAAGCUUAUUACCAGAGGAGCAAUCGAAGCUUAGUGCCUGAGAAGCAGAGUUUGUUUGCUACCAAACCUGGAGGUGGAGCUUUGGUUUUCCUUGAGGCCUAAACUAUUUAGAGCAUUUAGGAACUGGCAGGACUUCUAUGCCACAGCAAAUUAAUCCUCUUUCUGUUUUGUAUUAUGAUGAAUGGUUGCUAUUAUCAAGAUGUAUUUCGAAAGAAAUGCUUGAAAGCUCCCUAUGCUUCAUAAUGAUUAUUUUUCCAUCUUAAAAUAUGUUUUCUACCAAUAAGAGCCAAAAUUAUGCUUGGCCAGAUCUCUUAAGAUAAUUUACUGGAUGUAUUGAUUUCAAGAUUUUUAAAAACAAAUGGUAAAAGACCAUCAAUACUGACCUCAUGGAUUGUACUUGAAUUAAACAUACAUUCUUAAAUACAGUUUAUUUCUGGUUCCUCUUGGCAUUCUUCUUCCUCAAGGUUGAAGUCUUCUGUUGUUGAUGAUGAUAGUGAUGCCAGAAGUUGUCUCUCAGUUCGGGCUUCAGAACGCUAUUAAAAUAAUACGUUGUUAAGGAUUCACAGAUUUUCCUGGAUACUGUAUACUUGAAAGUGAGAUUCUCCCAGUUAUCAAGAUGAGGAGGAUCACUUAAUUUUUUUUUUUUUUUCCAAAAGAUGGAUUUAGGAAGAAAAUCCCAGGCUCAUUUAAUUUUUUUUUAACCAUGUGAUAUCAUAUAAACAAUCAAUUUCAAUUCUUUUGGCCCUGAGCUUUCUCUGUCAUAAUAGAGAAGCUUAGAUAAAAGACACUUCAAGUUUUUAUCUCUAUUCACAUUGACAUAGAGAAUUAUCUGGAUGUUAAUUCAGAUAAUUCAAUUUGUUCAUGGAAUUUACUUUCUUCCCACUCUAAACUACCUUUUCUCUAAUCCAGGAGGCAUGUUUACUAUUCUAGGAAAACCCAUCUGUGACUUGCAUCUUUGUUGUGUGUCUAGCAAACUUGUUUGUAUGUGUGGACCAAUGUAGGGCAGGUGUGAGGCAUGAGGGUGAAACUAUGAAAAGGCUGAGUGUGGGUUCUGGGAUUGGGUAGGGGUAUUGGUGGGUGCCUGUAUAUGUUUGUCAAAAUGGGCAGCAAGUUUGGCCAUGUGGUGAUGGUAAAUGAGUGGCUCUCUCUCACGGAUAGACUACAGGAAGGCUUUCCUGAAUUAUAUGAAGAUUUAAACUGAAAAGCAUUUUGUGACAUAGUCAGAUAAUUGAGAGACCAGCAGUCAUGUGGCAUGAAUUAUCCAGAAGUUUAUCACAAUUUUCUAUUUUUCUAUGAUUGAGUGGCACAUUAAUGAGCAAAAAGCCUGGAUAUCAUCAUCUUGAAUCUCAGUUUCAGAGAAGCUGAGGCAAAGCUGGUUGUUACAUUUCUCAAAGGACAGCAGUCAUAUAAAGUACUAGGAAAUCCAUUAUUCUAUUCUAAAAUGAAGUUCUGGUGCAUUUUCAUUCUUAGCAGAAAGGUAAGUACUUGAGAAAGCUGAAGUCCAAUUUGUUAAUUUCGAAUUUUAAAGAUUGAUUUCAAAUGAUAAUCCUUUGCUUUUUAAAACCUUUUCAUUUUCCACAGAAGAUCUGUGGCCAAUUGAUAUAUAAUUCUUCGAAGAUGCCUGGAUCACUGUGAAAAAAAAAAAAAAAA